GUAAAUGGUGUAGCUGCUGUGCUUGUGUUCCAGCAGCACUCCACCCGUCAAGACCCAAGUAGUGACGUACGCAGCAGGCCCAGUCAGAAGCUCGCGGUGCAAGCAGCCGUUUUUUCUCUCACGCGGUUUACUUGGUCGAUUGCUUUGUAAUCGGGUGACGGCAGUAUUACGACUACUUUUCGUCUUGAGGGCAUUGAAAGAUGGCUGAAGCAGUUGCCAAGGAUGCGGCUUACUAUGAGUCGAAAGGGAUCAAGUAUAGCGAGGAGUUCUUCACGAACUCGAGGGGCAUGAAGCUUCAGACCGCGUCAUGGCUUCCUGCAAACGGCGAGCCGAAGGCCCUCAUCCUGCUUCUCCACGGUUACGCUGUGGACUGCACAACUUUUUUUGCCUCUACAGCAGAGCGACUAGCAUCGGAAGGUUAUGCAGUUUUUGGGAUCGACUACGAGGGCCACGGAAGGUCAGAAGGCCUUUCGGUGCACAUUCCGCAGUUUGAGACUAUCAUUGAUGACUGCAUCGCUUACUUCACCACUAUUCGAGAGCGGGAGGAGUACAAGGGCAAGCGCAAGUUCAUGAUAGGCGAGUCGAUGGGGGGAGCUGUGACCCUCCGCCUGCACCGCAAGGAGCCCACAGCGUGGGAUGGAGCCAUUCUCAUGGCGCCCAUGUGCAAGAUCUCUGACAAGGUGAAGCCGCCAGCCAUAGUCACUGCGAUUAUGAAGAACCUCGCCUAUGUCCUGCCCACGUGGAAGAUCGUCCCCACUUCUGACAUCAUCAGUGCAGCCAACCACGACCCUGUUAAGAGAGAAAAGAUCCGGGCCAGUCCUUACACCUUCACCGACAAGCCUCGCCUGCGAACGGCCCUCACCAUGCUGCAGACCAGUGAGGACCUCGAGCGACGGCUUGAUGAGGUGACCCUUCCUUUCCUCCUCCUGCAUGGUGACGCUGACACUGUGACAGAGCCUGCAGUGAGCCAGUCGUUGUACGACAAGGCGCGCAGCACUGACAAGACAUUUAAGCUGUACCCGGGCAUGUGGCACUGCCUCACAGAGGGGGAGCUGGAUGAGAACGUUGCGAUCGUGUUCAAGGACAUCUUUGAGUGGCUAAAUGCUCAUGCUACGCAAGCAUAAGCUUCCAUUCCAUGAGGGUGUUUGGAGUGGGGCCCAGAUUCCUAUGAUUGGCAUCGGUGAUUUCUCAUCUCAGACAUUGGCUGGCAGAGAGGUUUUACUAGCUUAGGUAGUGGGCUACUGUCAGGUCAAAGCUCUAAAUGCUGCAGGCGUGUACAUACAUCAUGAAAUGAAUUCAUCUGAUGACACUGGGCCAGCAGAGGAAUGCUCUGCUCUGCACAUGCAUGCAUGCUCUGAAUUUCCCUCCAUCUGGAAGCUAGCUGUUCGCAGGCCUCUGGAUAGGAUUAGUGUCAAACAUAUCGUUGCAUGUUGUUAUAGGCUACACAGGGUUGUGCCUUAGAGAGUACAACCCACUAGGUUA